AUGGCAGAGCUGGACGGGAUCAGAACUCACUUGGACAAUGCCCUGCUCACACCGGGGCAGUUCCUGGCCCAGGAGAAGUUGGAGUGCCACUUCUCCAAGGUGAUGGGGCAGGAGCAGGUGUGCUUCCUGCAGAGGCACUUCUACUACCGGCAGGAGACCAACUACUUUGACAGUGAUCUGGACAAGUUUGUGGCCGUGACACCGCUGGGGGAGCAUGAUGUCGAGCUCUGGAACAGCCAGAAGGAGAGGCUGGAGUACAGACGGGAAGCCGUGGACACUUUCUGCUGGCACAACUACGGCGUGGCUGCCACCGGGCGCAUGGUGGGCAGGAGAGAACUCCAGUACUCCAUCAGCUUCAAUGGCUCCCCAUUGAAGUCUGGGCCCAAUUCAAGAAUCCAUACCAUUAAUGGUUACUACUGA